UUUCCAUAAACUAAAUAAAUCAAUAGACUUGGGUCUACAAAACUUUGAACCGGAUUCCAUCUAAUAAGCAAAAAAAUCUUGAACAUGCCGUCUCCAAAUAACGAAAUUACAAAGCAACGCUUAAACAAACUGGUUAAUCCACCAUCCACAGGAGGCAAUAUUUGUGCCAUCAUUAAGACGAAUAUGCUUCCGCAACUUACAGAAUUCUUAUUCAACGUUGUAAGUAAAGUAGCUGCAAUCUUUGAAACGGAUGAGUUGGAAAUGCGUAUCUUGGAGAGCCUAACAAAUGUGUUCGACUUAGAUUGGGGAGUUCUAGUAGGCAGCCAUCUUGAAAACCAAGUAGAAUUUAAUGGACUGUAUGUUUGGUUCUAUAUGGGCCAAGUUGAUGUAUAUAUUUGUUGGAGAUAUUAAUACGUUGAACAAUUUAAUUAGUUGGACAUUUUUUUAAUUAUUCUUAAAAUGUUUUAUUUUGUUAAAUGUUUUUUUUUUUUUUGAUGCAAAAACAAUCUUAUAAAUUUGGACAACAGAAUGGCGGCGAACAUACAUUGUGGAUGGUAUGUACAGGUGUUUAUAUUUAUAAUGUUAUGAGGGACUGGAAGUGUGUACGCGAUCUGAAAUUAAGUGACAUAUAUCAUAAAUAUAUGGUUUAAAGAUAACUUGUGGAGGUGAUAAAAUUGUAAAUAUACUAAAAUGAUGGAUGUUAAGUAAUAGGCUGACAAUUUGACAAUAUACAAUACAAUACAUUGUGGACGAUGAACUUUGCUUCUUUUCAACAUACAGGUAUUUGUAUUUAUAAUGUUAUGAGGGACUGGAAGUAUGCGUGAGAUCUAGAAUUAAGCGGAAGAUAUCUUGUAGAGAUGAUAAAAUUGUAAAUAUACUAAAAUGAUGGAUGUUAAAUGAUAGGCUAACAAUUUGACAAUAUACACUUCAAUAAUAUACAAUACAAUACAUUGGUUAUUUUAGCAUGCGGAUAAAAAUUGUAGAAUAAAGUAAAUUUCAA